AUGAAGACGUUCCUGCUGUUAGGGUUGUUGGGGGUGUAUUGCUCUGCACUGUCGAUCAAGCAGCAGAGGAGAUUUCCAGAUGACUUUUUGUUUGGGACAGCCACAGCCUCAUACCAGAUCGAAGGAGCUUGGGAUGAAGAUGGAAAAGGGGAAAAUAUCUGGGACUACAUGACCCACAACAACCCAACAGUUAUCGCCGAUGAAAGCAAUGGUGACAUCGCUGCCGACUCUUACCACAACGUGGAGAGAGAUGUGGAGAUGAUGCGAGAGCUGGGUCUUGAUGUAUAUCGCUUCUCGGUUUCGUGGUCCAGAAUCUUACCCUCAGGAUUCGCCAAUGAAGUCAACGAAGCAGGAGUCGACUACUACAACAGGCUAAUCAACGAGAUGUUGAAAUACAAUAUUACUCCAAUGAUUUCUCUGUAUCACUGGGACUUGCCUCAAAAGUUGCAGGAAUUGGGAGGUUUUGCCAAUCCACUGAUAGCCGAUUGGUUUGAAGACUACGUACGCGUGGUUUUCGCCAAAUUGGGUGACAGAGUCAAGCUCUGGAUUACUUUCAACGAACCCAGAGUAGUGUGCUACCAAGGUUACGGUUCCACAGAAAAAGCCCCGAUGCUCAACGCCACCGCCGUCGGCACGUAUAUGUGUGCCAGGAAUCUUUUAUUAGCUCACGCCAAGGCGUACCGCUUGUACAACAACGAGUUCAAGACGAAGCAAGGGGGACAGUGCGGUAUUACCUUCGAUGUAAAUUCGUUCAAGCCUCUGACUGAUUCUGAGGAAGAUCGCGCAGCUGCUGAACUGAAACGACAAGCAGAGUGGGGUAUCUAUGUCCAUCCUAUAUUUUCUCAAGAAGGUGGUUUCCCGAAAGAAUUAGUUGCCAGAGUAGCUGAAAAAAGCGCAGAGCACGGCUACCCACGCACCAGACUCCCGCAGCUCUCCGAGGAAGAACGAGUGUUGAUCAGAGGAACCGCUGACUUCUUUGGAGUGAACCACUAUACUGGGUACUUGGUGUCCGCCACGAAACACAUUCCUGAAUAUUCUACGGUAUCUUUGUUCAGUGACAUCAACGUAGGAAACUACCGCCCGCCCGAAUGGCUGCAAUCAGCUGCAUCCUGGUUGACGCUUAUGCCAAACAGCAUUUAUGACGUGCUGACACAUCUCAAGAACAAAUACAAUGAUCCCAUAUUUUACGUCACGGAGAACGGGUGGGCGACUUCUCCUGAAGUUGGACUGGAAGAUGACGACAGGAUUACAUAUUACAGAGCUGCUCUAGAGAACAUUUUGGAUAGUCUCGAUGCCGGAGUGAGGCUCAAGGGCUACAUGGCCUGGAGUCUGAUGGAUAACUAUGAAUGGAUGGCAGGAUACACCGAACGUUUCGGUUUGUACGAGGUUGACUUUUCGGAUCCCGCCCGCCCUCGCACCCCGCGCAAGUCCGCGUUCGUCUACAAGGAGAUCUUGAGGAGCAGGGUCAUCGACCACGACUACGAGCCCGACACUACCGUCAUGACCAUCGACGAGGGACACUAG